AUGGAGCUUCGUGCGGUGGACCUUACUCACGUUCGUUACUAUCACGAUGACCCUUUCGGUGUAAUCAUGGCAUGGGCCUCGCUCGUCCCCGUAUUCAUCGCCUUCGGGUGCUUCCCCACCCACGUGGUUUUCCGCCGCGAUUUGCGGACCAUGUUCUUCAUGCUCGGCCUCCUAUUGGACGACACGUUCAACCACGUCAUCAAGCACGCGCUCGAGAUGCCACGUCCGCCGCACACGUGCGUCGCGCUCGAAGUGUGCGACUCGCACGGCAUGCCGUCCGCGCAUUCGCAGUUCAUGGCGUUCUUCACGACAACGACCUUUUUAAUGCCACCCUUCAUUAACUUGUCCCCUCCCCCUUCAUGCCCCCCCUCCCCCUUCAUGCCCCCCUCCCCCUUCUUGCCCCCCUUCCCCCUUCAUGCCCCCCUCCCCCUUCUUGCCCCCCUUCCCCCUUCAUGCCCCCCUCCCCCUUCAUGUCCCCCUCCCCCUUCAUGUCUCCCUCCCCCUUCAUGCCCCCCUCCCCUCCCCCUUCCCUUCCCCCUCCCCCUUCAUGCGCCCCCCCCCACUAAUAUCAGCUUUUCCCUCGGAAUCCUCUCUGCCUCCUUCUGGUUCUACGUGGUGCACCGUGUGUUAGUGCCCUUCAUCCCUCCACCCUUGCCCUCUUCCUCCCUUCACCCUCCAUUCCCCCCAUCCCUCACUGCCACAUUUGAUCCUCCCUCCCACUUUCCCCCAAUCCUCUCGGCCUCCACCUGGUUCCACGUGGUGCACCGCGUGCUUGUGCUGGUCUUCCCUCUAGUUGACCACUCUUCGUCCCUUCGCUCCCCAUUCACACCCUCCCACUCAGCUCUCUUCUUCCCUCCACCCUCCAUUCACCCUAUACACACGCUCGGGUCUUUGGGAAUCCUCUCGGCGUCCACCUGGUUCUACAUAGUUCUAGCCGGCUUCACCCUGGGAAUCCUCUCGGCCUCCACCUGGUUCUACGUGGUGCAUCGUGUGUUUGCGCCUUUCUUCCCCGCCAUCUCCGACAGCGCAUGGGGGCGGUACCUGUGCAUCAAGGACGACUGCCAUAUCCGCAACGUGGCUGUCUUUGAGUACCUCAACUCGCAGCGAGUGCGGGAGGAGCAGCGAGCGAGAGAGAAAGCGCAGAAUGCACAGCAGGAGAAAUUGCUGGAGAAAUCUCAGGAGAAAACGCAGGAGAAAGUGCAGCAGGGGAAGGAAGAGGAGGUGGAUGAGCAGCAGGGGGGCAAGCAGCAGCAGUCAGCAGAGGAGAGUGCACCUGAUGGAUCUGCCAAGACAGAGUAA